GGACGCAAUUGAUCGGAACAUUCCAUCUCAAGUAAAGCUUGACGGCUCUGUGGCGAAAAAUGUGGCAUGUGGCUGGUGGCAUACACUCUUACUAGCAGAAUCUCCCACUUGAGCUGAAGAACUUGGCUCAGUUUUGUUAGAAAAUCCAGUUUUUCAAGGGUUCAAAUUGAAUUCAGUUUUCCUAUUUGAGGAAGAAUCAGAUGGGAAAAAGGUUGAAGAUAAUAUUGUGAAGAUGUUCUCAUGCCAACGCGUAAAUGGGAGUCACGGGACUUAUUCUAUAAAUCUCUCCCCUUCUUUCACUAGUUUCUUGUUACCAGCUCCUUUGCCUACCUGGCCUCAAGGACGAGGAUUUUCCGUUGGAACAAUCAAUCUUGGGGAGCUAGAAGUGGCAGAAAUAAGCAGGUUUGAUUUUGUCUGGGGAUCUCAUCUAUCACAUGACAAGCGAAAAAAUGUGUCAUUCUAUAAGCCUUUAGGCAUACCAGAAGGAUUUUUCAGCCUGGGUCAUUACUGUCAACCAAACGGCAAGCCUCUAAAUGGCUAUGUUCUUGUGGUUAAGGAUUCAGGUUCACAAAUUCGCAACAAUGAUGACUCUGAACCGGUCUGUUCACCAGCUCUUACGAUACCUCUUGACUAUACUUUAGUCUGGAAUUCGGAUGAAGGAAUGGGGAUUCAUGAUCAUUCAACUGGUUACUUUUGGGUUCCAAAACCCCCUGUUGGAUAUAAAGCCCUAGGGUUUGUUGUGUCAACACAGCCAGGUAAACCUUAUUUGGAUGAGGUUCGAUGUGUAAGAGAGGAUCUUGUUGAUGAUUGUGAGACUUGUGGUUUAUUACACGAGUCCUUUUCUAAAUACAGGAAAAUCUCUUUCAAAGUAUUCGAGACUAGGCCAUGUAAUCGAGGCAUGCUAGGGAAGGGUGUCUCUGUAGGAACCUUCUUCUGUUGUAGUAGUAGUAGUAGUAGUAGUAGUAGUAGUAGCCAGCUUGGUGAUAAAAUGGCCGUUGUUUGUUUGAAGAACAAGAAUUCAAAAUGGCAGCAUGGAAUGCCAAAUCUUGAUCAAAUACAUGCACUUAUUCAUCACUAUGGUCCUACCAUUUUCUUUCAUCCGAAAGAGGUCUACUUCCCAUCUUCUGUGUCAUGGUUCUUCAAACAUGGAGCUCUAUUGUUUAAAAAAGCUGCAGGGGAGUCGUCUACUGGUGAACCUAUCAAUGCAGAUGGGUCUAAUUUGCCCGGUGGUGGAUCAAAUGAUGGUGAGUACUGGUUAGAUUGUCCUUGUGAUGAUCGAAGAAAAGUUCUGAUGCGUGGAAACCUUGAAAGUACACAACUUUAUGUUCAUGUAAAACCGGCUUUAGGUGGUACUUUUACUGAUAUAGCAAUGUGGGUAUUUUCGCCGUUCAAUGGACCAGCCACCUUAAAGAUUGGGCCGACUAAUAUCUCAUUGAGAAAGACAGGAGAACAUGUUGGUGAUUGGGAACAUUUUACUCUUCGUAUAAGCAACUUCACUGGUGAGCUACAUAGUGUGUACUUCUCGCAGCAUAGUGGUGGUGUAUGGAUAAGUGCUUGUGAUUUGGAAUUCAUAGAGGGGAACCGGGCUAUCCUGUACUCGUCUAGGAGUGGUCAUGCAAGCUUCCCACAUCCAGGAAACUAUCUUCAAGGAUCCUCAAGUCUUGGUGUUGGGAUAAGAAAUGAUUGUAGUAGAAGUAACUUCUGGUUGGAUUCAAGUAGUCGGUAUCAGAUUGUUGCUGCUGAAUAUCUAGGAAAUGAUGAUGUCGCGGAGCCUCCUUGGUUGCAGUAUAUGAGAGAAUGGGGACCAAUGAUCGUGUAUGAUUCGAGGAAAGAGUUUGAUAAAAUAAUUAAACGUCUUCCACGAUCAAUACGAUGUUCAGUUGCUAAUUUCGUUGACAAGUUACCGGUGGAGCUUUCUAAGGAAGAAGGACCAACUGGGCCAAAGGAGAAGGAUAAUUGGUUAGGGGAUGAAAGAUGGUAGGAAAUCUCAACAACAUGUCCAGUAUAGAGUAUAGACUAUAGAGUAGCAUUUGUUCUGAUGUUGUCAAUAUAUGUUAUUUACUCAAGAUUUCAAAUAUUCCUUAGGGAGCAUAUGUAAUUAUGUAUGAGCCAAAAAGACAUAUUGUAUUAGUUUCUGUUUCACAUAUUCUAGGCUACAACUAUAUUGUUUAAACAUAUAUAUGUUGACAUGUUGUACAACGUUAGUGGUAUAUUUAAGGAUAUAAAAAGCGUUAGAUCUGA